UAAUACACUCAACUGUCCCUCCACCGUUCAUUUCACCUAUAAAAUGAACAAGAGCCCAAGUUCAUCACACUUCAAACCCCAUUGAGAAAUAUAGAGAGAAAAAGAGAGAGAUGGCAAUUAGGGCAAAUUGUUUUUUGUUUCUUGUAUUAACCCUAGUGGUAAUUUUGCAUGCCAAAGCAAGAGAAUUACCAAAACCCAAAAACCUAGAAAACCAAAAAAAGGAUGUAGUAGUAGUAGCAGCUCCUGAAAAAUCUACCAACGUUGUUGUUACAAAUACCAAUAACCCUAAUCCAGCUAAAGAUGUAGCAAAGGGUAAUAAUGAUGACAAACACUUCAUCUCCUUUGCUGGAGUUGGAGCAGCUGGUGGUGUUGGUGGUGCUGCUGGUAUUAUCCCUAUUGAUUUCCAGGGACUUGGUCCCGGGAUACCAACCUUCGGCGGACUUGGUGGUAGUGGUCUUGGAAGCGGUACUGGAGGUGGUGGUGGCAUCGGCGGUGGAGCGGGUGGUGGGGGUGGCUGUACUCCUGGUAGUAGUAGUACUGGAGGGCUUGUUCCUAUUCCUUGAUAAAUUGAUGGUCAAUUAAUUGGAGUACUAGUAAUUUUUUUCUUUGGCUUUGUGUUUCUAGAUUUUUAGUCCAAUUAAGUGUUUUUCAUUCGUUGUUGGGGGUUAUGUCACAUGUGGAUGUCAACCGUGGAAGUUGUUUGUUAAGUGUUGAACUGGAUUUUGGUUGUAGGGUUUUAUUGUGUACGUUAAUUUCUAUGUUAUGUUAUGUUAUGCAUGCAUGUACUUUCCGUACCUCUUUCUACUAUGAAGCUUUGAUCGUGUUUCAUUAUUGUUUA